UGCAGCAGAAAGACCAGAUCCUGCUGGACCAGGAGACCAUCCGCGAGCUGUCGGGCAAGCUGAGCCAGUGCGAGAGCGGCCUGGAACUUAGUUUCCAGGACAGCGCCUCUCUCUGGGGGGGGCCCCGCAAGGAAACCAUGGGCGACCUGCCCUGGGACUCCUCCACCAUGGUCCAGGAGCUGGAGGAGGCUGUCAGGGCCCUGAAGGACAGGAUCGACAAGAUAGAGCAGGAGCUCCCAGCUCAAGUCAAUGCCUCUGCUUCCCCUGCCCCUGUGCUGACCCGAGAUGUGCUCCACAACAAGAUGGAGGAGCUGGAGGAGCAGCUCCUUUCCAAGAUAAUCUCCCUGCAGAAGGAACGCUUGGGCAGCAACAGCAAUCACGACCAGCAGCGGCAUGACAUCGAGAAGGAGCUGAGUGCUCUGCAGAGCCGGGUCACUGAGCUGGAACAGGGAGCACCAGCCUACAACCCUCCCGAUGCUUUCAAGGUUACCAUCCCUGUCCAGACCAACUACAUGUACGUCCGGCUGAAGAAGAGCCUGCCAGAGCUCUACUCCUUCACGGUCUGCAUGUGGCUGAAGUCCAAGGCCUCAUCGGGGCUGGGAACACCAUUCUCCUACUCUGUCCCUGGGCAGGCCAAUGAGAUUGUGUUGCUGGAGUGGGGGCACAACCCCAUGGAGCUGCUCAUCAAUGACAAGGUCGCCCAGCUGCCCCUGAAUCUAAAGGAUGGGACCUGGCACCACAUCUGCAUUGCCUGGACCACUCGAGAUGGCAUGUGGAUGGCAUACCAGGAUGGUGAGCAGCGUGGGUCCAGUGAAAACCUGGCAGCCUGGCAUCCCAUCAGACCACAGGGGGUGAUUAUCCUGGGACAAGAACAGGACACACUGGGUGGCCGAUUUGAUGCGACUCAGGCCUUUGUUGGUGAUAUUGCUCAGUUCAACCUAUGGGACCACAUCCUGACGCCCACAGAGAUCCGGGGCCUGGCCAACUGCACUUCCCAUCUUCAAGGCAACGUGAUCCCGUGGGACGAUAAACUGGUGGAGGUCUUUGGAGGAGCCACCAAGUGGACCCUCGAGAGCUGUGAGGAGAGGAUGAAGGCAUGAGGCCCCUGGCCCCACCCAUGGAAAAGGGCAUGACAGUGACUUCCCCUCUUUCCCUGCCACCUAAGUAAUGAGGCAGCAGGAGUCCCCCUUUCUUCCCAAACAGAAACAUCUGGGGUUCUGGAUCUGCUAGGGGAGAGGGGUGGAAGGGGACAGAAAACCAUCUGUACACACAGAAAUUGUGACGCUCUUUGUUUUGUUGCUCCAGUUAAUUCCUAGUUGACCCAUAACAAGCAAGUGGCAAGCCCCUCCAUCAGCUAGGCUGGGUGGGUAGGGGACAGCAUCCAGACCCUGGGCAAAGACACCAGCAAGAGGUAGAUCAAGCAUGAAGAAGGGGAAGUCAUGGGUGAGCUGGGGAUGCCUUGAGCUGACAUAUCUCUCAUCUCUGUAUGUUCCACUAGGAGCACUGCGGUGAGUCACCCACCGCUAGCUAUCUGUCCCACGAUCCCUGCAUCCCAGCCUCCCUCUCAUCCCAUCAGCACGGGUGCCAAGGAACACCUGCGUACUAGACAGCCCUGAGCAGGUUUUUUUGUGUCUUCACAUCAAAAUGGGCCAAACUUGGUGCAGUGAGGCUUGGCUUCCCCAUGCUGCCUCAGGGGACUGGGUUGUGGAUGCAGCCCUCUAACCUGAGCUGGGAACUGGGGUAUCUGCAUCCCUUAGGUAGCUUGGAGAAGCUCAGCCUUAAUAUCUGCCACAUAAAAAUGUUGUAUAGCUUUACCUGUGAGGGACAAGAACAAGUCUCUUGACAAAAGUCUAGAAAGCUCUCUCAUUCCUGUGUGUCUUUUAUGGUAUGUGAUAGUUAAUUCUUGCCCCUUUGAUGUCUUGUACCUUUAAGAUCCCCUUUAAGGACCACUGUUAGUGCAACUCAGAGGGGCCAGAUUCAUUUCAGUAGCCCACAGCCUAGUUGAGGUUUCCCAGUGGCACCAAGUCAGCCUGAAGAAGGGUAGAGUGACACAAGGAGCUCCCAACCUGUCCCCUGCUUAAGGGCUCAGUCCAGUCUCAACAGGGUCUGCUGCUGGCUCAGGGAAGAGGGAGAGAAGAACAGGUCUGGGGCAACCUCUACAGUGCUAGAGCCUCUAGUGAAUAGUGGCUCUGCCCUCCUGUUGUGAAGUCCCCAGGGAAGGACAGCAGUGUAUACCCCUUUCUUUCCCCAGGAAACAAUCUCAUCCCUGAAUGUGGUGUAAUUUGCAUUUGUUUGCAGCUCCACAGGGUAAAUCUGGCCCUGAGCAAAAAAUAGGGACUGUGUCAAGCAUUUAUUAGGUACCUUUGACUUCCUCCCUUGCACUCUUGUCCCUAGUCUGUCCUGACCAAGGAUACUUUUAACAUUCCAAACCUCUGAGGAGAUUUAAAGAGAUGCCUUUGAAAAACCAACCAACCUGCCAAGAAGCAUUCCUGUUCCUCCAUGUCCUUGGUAUGGAAUAUACUUCCAACUCCAAAAUCACACAGAUGGAGGCUCUGGAUGCCUGAUGACAAUGUCCAGUGUUUUGGAAAGACUUGAGUGAAAGCCAGAUGCUUUUACUGCUCAACAGGAGUGUGGAACCACUUCCGUUUCCAACCCUCAUAGAUCAGGAGGUGUCUUGAUGUCAAAACCAUGUCACAGUUGUGUAUUUAAAAGGUUUUUAAUGUUAUCAGCUCCCUUUCUCCUCACUUCUUUGGUCAGUGGCUCCAGUAGGUCACAAUGGCCCAGAGAGGAGGGACCAGCUGUGGGACAGCACUGCUUUCUCAACCAGAGACACAAAAGGGCCAUUUUCCUCACUUUAUCUAGGCAGAGGGAGCAGUGCAAGAAAUACCUCCCAUAGUAUUCUUAGUAACUCCCUACCAUUUCUGUGCCAUGUAGCCUAUGCAGAAGACGUGAUGUAGUGGUGUGAGCUGAAUGUUCUAGGAGUGCUGAACUGGGUUGACUUGAAUAACUCAGGCAAAGCCAGGGCAUCCAGGAAUAAUGCAGGCACUGCAGCUCCCCACUGACCAAAUCUGUAUGCCACACUGCCAUAUAUUGCUCUUCUCUGCUAUAUGUUUUCAUAUCCACUGCAUGCCUAGAGAGCCUGGCCCCAACCCAGCCCAGGCAUAAGAUAGAGCAGUUUGAUGGAGUUUCAGAUCCAGACCUGAUUCAGUUUGAAUAAAUUGGUCAAUGAAUGGGUGAAGUGUAGAGAGCUGUGUGUUUGCCCUGAACUAGUCACAGAGCAGAUUGUCAAGUCUGGGGCUGCAGCUCAUUGACAUGUCCCCAUGCCAAGAGGUCUUCCCCCAUUCCCACCCAUGGAGGGAACAUGAUAUUUCUCACUUCCAGGCAGGACUAGGAAGCAUGAGGAUGGAGAGGUGAGGGUAAUCCCAACUCCUGACCCUUGAAACAGGUGCUGGACCCAAUUCUCUUCCUCCUCAUGCUAGCCCAUUCAAGCUUCUUCAACAGAGAGAGAAAUCCAGCCCUUUCAGGUUUCAAGGACUCUGAACCUAAGUCCUUCUCCUGAAUCAGGAGCCACCUGCUGCUGGAAAGGCUACAGGUAUAACCCCCAGUGGGAGGAAAACAAAGCAAGACAUGGCUCCCUCCUCCCCCCACAUCUCUAGGUUGCAAAUAGAGACUCUUCUGAAAUUGAUCCAGCACGUUUCCUCUUUCCAUAUGGCCUGCACCUUCCAUCUCCCCUCCAUCCACUCUUCUACUCUUCAUGGCAGGAAGGGGGUAGAGACGUUAUUUUCGUCUGGUUGCCUGUUGUGUCUGCUCACCUGAAGUCUGCCUUGCCUUCUGGUACAAGAUCUUUGAGGUUUUGCCCACGCAACUCAAAGGUAGGUGGGCAGGGGGAGAAAGGACAUGCUAACAGUGCUGUGUUCAUGCCCAGAGCACAGGCUGAUCCUCUGAACUGAGCAAACUAAGGGACAGGGAAAAGGCUUUCUUCCCUUGUACAUGCUGCUUUGAUCAUGGUUAUGAGCCUGUUAUUGGCAGAGGACACUGGAGAGCAAAAGAGAGAGUAGAAGGUAUCUAAGCUGAAUUCACAGGGGCCUAAAUAUAUAAGUUAAAGGGAGCAGUAGAUCUGGGCUGAGGGGUCUGCCUGUUCCACAUCCCUGUUCCUUACCCCUUGCCUGUGGAAGAAGCUUGCCUGUCCCCUUUUCUGUCCUGCUCCUUGAACUGUUCUUAGAUGCCACAGAAGAGGGGUGGGUGGGCAGUAAUGGACUUUCCCCAGAGCGCAGGGUGGGACUCAGCAACUUUCAGGGGAAGGAGCUGCUGGCCUCGAAGCUGGAGGCAGGGGAGGCUCAUAUUCCCUAGGAGUGCCUGAUAACACAUUUCCACGCUGCGUGAAGCCACUGAUGUCUACGUAUAUGUGUAUGGGGCAUGGGGUGGGGGUGGGAGGGGUUACUUUGGGGUCUUGUGAUCACUCGUGUGUCGUGUUCUGCUUUCCCCUACCCAAAUCCCCUCACAUUCCCUGUGUGAGGGUUUGACACUGGAUCUUUUCCCUGCUCUCUCAUCUAAAUAGGGAAGGGGAGCAGAGUGGGGGAGCAUAGGUAAAUAUAUUGUUAUUCCCUGGAUCAUUUCUAGUGUCUGUUCUCACUGGAUCUCCUGCCUCUUCUCUGACUGCCCUGUGCCAGCACAGGAGGAAGGGCACAAAGGGCAGAAAGAGUCAUUGUUCCAGUUGUAAAACACUGUGAUCUUAGUGCACCAUGAGUGAGAGAAAACAUGCGCCUGCUCCAUGCCAGGCUCUCUCCCUCUCUUUUGUACAUCUGUGAAACGGGACUCAUCAUACGCACGCGUGUAUGUAUCGUGUAUAUAUAUAUUUUUUAUGUAAAUCCAAUUGUUGACAAUAAACGUGAUGGUUACAUUUGA